CUUUCACACAAUCUUUUCCCCUGUUGGAGCCGCCUCCCUCCCUCUCUCUCUCUCUCUCUCUCUCUCUCUCUCUCUCUCUCUCUCUCUCUCUCUCUCUCUCUCUCUCUCUCUCUCUCUCUCUCUCUCUCUCUCUCUGCAAAGAGUACUUUGGGGAGAAGGCAGGUGGAGGAGGAAGGAACGAUGAUGUGCCAAUUAGUGAAGGAGGUGAAGGGCAGCAAUGGGGAUUUAGAAGAAGAAGAAGAAGUGUGGCCGGUGGAACACCCGAUGGAGCCAAUGGAGGAAGACCGUCCUGUCAUAUGCCCAAUUCCUACCUCUACUCUUCUUCCUCAAGGAGGAAGAAGUUAUGGUCAAAAGAAGAAGGUGGAAAGUUGGAAAAAGAGAGCACAGAAUCCAGUGGCAAUAGCAACAAUGCCAAUUAUGAUCAACAAUAAUAUGGAUAGGCUAGAAGUGGCAGAGGUCGAUGAGAGUAUUGGAGUAGUUCGUAAGCGUCAUCAUACACUUAGCAGCCAGAAAGUAGAUGAUUAUCGUAGUAAUAAUCAUCAUCCAACUAGUGAAGAUGGAUUGAGAAGGAUGGCGACUUUACCUCUCCCAUCAAACAACAAUGUUGCUAAUACUAUCUUUCAUAUGCUUCAACGUGAUUUUUAGUUAUAAGUUUCUCUCAACUUUACUCUCUUAGUUCCCCACUUUUUAUAUAUAAGAGGUUGCCCCCCAGCUCCAAGGUUUUGAGUAUAAGAGAUUGUGUGAUAAGAAAAAAAUUACAAAAUGAUUGUUGAUGAAUAUGAUGUUUGAACUUUCCCCUAAUACGAUAGUCAAAACUAACCUACUAU